AUAAAAAAAAAGGAAACGUGGGAAUGGUGGUAAAGCAUAUGAGAUGCUUAGCAGAAUGCCUGACCAAAAUAAGCACUUACACCGCCUGAUAGGAACCAACGAUGUUGAUUGCAUUGCCAAUUUGCGUAUGGACCGUAACACGUUUGGGCGGUUGUGUCACAUAUUACGAGAAGUAGGAGGUCUAGUGCCAGGUAAUUACGUCACCGUUGAAGAACAAGUAGCUAUGUUCUUGUCUGUCCUAGCACAUCAUAAAAAGAAUAGGGUCGUAAGAUUUGAUUUUUGGAGGAGUGGUCAGACCAUUUCGCAUUACGUACAUGCGGUGUUAGGAGCAAUUUUGAAUUUGCACCAAAUUUUUUUAUCUAAACCCACGCCCGUACCCUAUGAUUGCACAGAGCCGAGGUGGCAAUGGUUUAAGGGCUGUCUAGGAGCGUUAGACGGCACAUACAUUAAUGUGACUGUCAGCAAUAAUGACAAACCACGAUAUAGAACAUGGAAAGGGCAGAUUUCUACUAAUGUUCUAGGUGUGUGCGAUCGGGAUAUGAAGUUUGUUUAUAUUCUGUCCGGUUGGGAAGGUUCUGCUGCGGAUUCUAGAAUUUUAAGGGAUGCCCUCAACAGACCCCAUGGUCUUAAAGUUCCUAAGGGAAGUUACUAUUUGUGUGACAAUGGUUACGCAAAUAGUGAUGGUUUUCUAACGCCUUACAAAGGAGUUAGAUACCACCUGAAAGAGUGGGGUUCCAAUGCUGGAAGGCCCCAAAACAAGGAAGAGCUCUUUAACUUGAGGCACAGCAAGGCUCGGAAUGUCAUUGAGAGGGCGUUUGGGAUAAUGAAGAUGCGGUGGGGCAUUCUCCGGUCCACUACGUUUUAUCCAAUAAAAACACAGAAUAGGCUAAUAAUGGCUACAUUUUUAAUUAACAAUUUUAUUCGAACGGAAAUGCCGAUCGAUCCUCUGGAGGCACAGUUUGAUGCUAUGGCAAAUACGAAUGCUACUAACUUUGAAUUAGAGGCUGAUGAUUUCAUUGACACUAUAGAGAAUUCUCCCCAAUGGAAUGCCUCAAGAGACGCAUUGGCUGAUGAGAUGUGGCUGCAGUACGUGAAUGCACACUAGGUUAACGAGUCGACGAUCAAGGCAAGCACGGAUGAGCUCAUAUUCUCAUACUUAUUUUGUGAAAAUUAUAAAUUUUUGCUUUAUAUACUACUCGAAGAGUUUGUGGUGGGCUGUGACCCAAUGAUCUAGUAUUUGAAUAUGUGAGUAGUUGAGGGCUGUGAUCCAAUAGUUGAUGUUUUCACGUAUGUGCCAUGCUUUGUUAGGCUUGCCUAUAUUUUGUUUGAAAUAUAUAUAGAGAAAGACUUUUUGUCUUGUUUUAAUUAUUCAUUGGCUUGAUUUGCUUUAAUAUAGAUCUAAUAUUUAUUAGAA